AUGGCCAAAGGCAAGGGAAAGCGCUCUUCGGACGCUCAUGAGUCUCACUCUGAAGCAGCGGUCGCAGCCCCCGCUAGUCAAAAGACACCCGAUGUACCCAAUCUGGACGAGGGCGCCUUUGCAGGUCUCCGACAAAAAAUCGAACAACGCCUGAAAGACCAGAAAUCCGGCAAAGGAAAGGCGAAAGAUAACGGCAAGGCAAAGGCGCCUGCUGUGGAGGCUCCUGUGAAGAAAGAGAAGCAAAAAACCGACCGGAACCAAGGAUCUGCAAAGGGCAAGAAGCGCGAUCGCAAUGGAGAAGUGAUUGCGCGAGAGGAGAAGAAGGGCGGAAAAAACAUGAAGGAGAAAUCGGAUGCUCCGGCAAAGAAUAAUGAAGAGGAUACACUGCGUCAGGAAAUUUUGGCUCUGGGUGGCACUGAGGAAGAUUUCGAACUUCUCGCUGGUGUCGACUCCGAGUCCGAGGUCGAGGAUGCCCCGUCCAAAUCGAAGAACGGGAGCGGCGAAGACUCUCUGCGAAAGGAGCUCUCGAAGAUGUUGGAGGCGGCCGGACAAGUCGUGCCGCCAGACCUAGCCGACGAAGAAGUGGAUGAGGGGGGUGAAGACGAAGACGAGGGCGAGGAUGAGGACGGCGAAGACAGCAGCGAGCCAGAAGAUUCCGAUGUCGACGACGCCCCGGCGAAGCCAACUGCUCCCGAAGUGAAAGUUCCUAAAGAAUAUGCCAAGCUCGCCGUUCUUCCUCGAUCUGACUGGUAUGCUGCUCCUCCUCCUUCAAUCGCCUACACAAAGCAAAUGAACGAUUUGCCCCGGCAUUUGAUCGACCGCAUUCAUGAUUUGGCCAAUAAAAUGCUGCAAGAGGAAAACGACCUGUAUGCAGAAGCCCAAAAAACAUUGGCCUCCUCUUCUCACAAAUUCUACUCCACCAUCAUGUCGUCGGGAACCCUGAGCGACAAGAUCUCUGCCUUGACUCUCGCCGUGCAGGAGUCGCCAUUGCAUAACACUAAGGCUCUGGAGACUCUAAUUACGCUGGGGGGCAAACGCAGCCGUGCACAAGCCGUUGAAGUUCUGCGUUCGCUGAAAGAUAUGUUCGCCCAGGGUACUCUUCUGCCUGGCAACCGGCGACUGAGGUCAUUUGCAAACCAACCGUCCCUUGUUGCAGCUUUUCAAGGAGCCGGCGGUCGUUGGGGAAAGCAAGACCCGCUCCCCGGUGGUUUGCAGAAGAGCCACCUGAUUGUAUGGGCGUACGAGCAUAUGCUCAAGGAGCAGUUCUUCGAGAUUCUCAAGAUCUUAGAGACUUGGUGCAACGAUGAAAUCGAAUUCUCUCGGUCUCGCGCGGUCAGCUAUGUCUACGAGCUGCUCAAGGAGAAGCCGGAACAGGAAUCCAAUCUGCUACGGCUCUUGGUCAACAAGCUCGGAGACCCGAGUAAGAAGAUUGGCUCCCGAGCAUCGUACCUGCUGCUACAGCUUGAGCAGGCCCAUCCGUUGAUGAAGCCGACCAUCAUCAGCGCUGUGGAAGAGGUGCUGUUCCGACCCGGCCAGAGCCAACAUGCCAAGUACUAUGCUAUCAUCACGCUGAAUCAGACGGUCCUGAGUCUCAAAGAGGAGGAGGUUGCUGCUAAGCUGCUAAACAUCUACUUCUCUUUGUUUGUGGCCCUGCUGAAGCCCACCCAGCCGCACAAACCGGCGCCCAAGGGCAAGCCUGGCCAGAAGGGUCCCAAAGGCAAGCGCCAAAACCAGCCUGCAAAGGGAGAAGCUCAGGAUGAUGAAAUGCGAGAAAAGCUGGUUUCGGGUGUGUUGACAGGUGUCAACCGCGCAUAUCCUUUCACUAACUCGGAUUCUGAAAGCAUGUCGAAGCAUCUUGAGACCCUCUUUCGCAUCACCCACUCGUCAAACUUCAACACGAGCAUCCAGGCUCUUAUGCUGAUCCAACAACUUACCGCAUCCCACAAAGUUGGCGGAGAUCGGUUCUACCGGACUCUGUACGAGUCCCUGCUCGACCCACGUGUGGCUACCUCCUCGAAGCAGUCGCUCUACCUCAAUCUUCUUUUCAAGGCCCUCAAAAACGACGUCAACGUACGUCGCGUCAAGGCAUUUGUGAAGCGGCUUGUCCAGGUGCUCGGAUUGCAUCAACCUGCCUUCGUCUGCGGUGUCUUCUAUCUGAUCCGCGAGCUGGAGAAGACUUUCACUGGCCUUCAGUCUCUCGUCGAUCAGCCGGAGGACAACGAAAGUGACGGCGAAGAGAACUUCCGAGAUAUGCCCGAUGAAGAUGAUGAGCAGCCGGUUCCGAUUGCUGAAACUAAAUCGAAGCCGACGAAUGGGUACGAUCCUCGCAAGAGAGAUCCCGAGCACAGCAAUGCCGACAAGACAUGUCUUUGGGAAUUGCUCCCCUACACAUCUCACUUCCACCCCUCUGUCUCCGUGAACGCCGCGCAUCUCCUGGAACACCAGCCCAUGAGCGGCAAGCCCGACCUCACCAUUCAUACAUUGACCCACUUCCUCGACCGUUUCGUGUACCGCACUCCCAAGGCCACCACCUCCUCCCGGGGAACUUCGAUCAUGCAGCCUCUCGCAGGCGGUGAUGCCGCAGACCGACUGGUUGAGGCCUACAAAUCGACGCAGAAAUCUCUCCCACUCAACACUGAGGCUUUCUGGAAGAAGAAGGCCGACGAUGUCGCUGCCGAAGAUGUGUUCUUCCACGAAUACUUCAGCCGCGUUAACAAGGACAAGGAUAAGGCACGCGCUAAGAAGGGCAAGGGUACUGCUGAUCCCGUUGAUCGCGAUGAAGAGGAUGCCGAGGGUCUCAGUGACAACGAAUCGGAGAUCUGGAAGGCUCUCGUUGACUCGCGGCCUGAGCUGGAAGCUGAUGACGAUACCGAUGAUGAUCUGGAUAUGGAUGAUCUGGAGUCCGCGUUCGACGAGGAUGAAGAUGAUGAGGACGGCGAGGACGACGGUGGCGUUAUCUUCAAUGACGAGUCCGACGAGGCGUCCGAAGACGAAGAUAUGGACCAAGUCAGUGAUUUCGAGGGUGUGUCGCCGCCUCCACCGGCUGCUUCCAAGCCCUCAAAGAAGUCCGCCAAGAAGGACGAAGAGGAAGAAGACGAGGACGACUUCGAUAUGGAUGUCUCGGACGACGAGGCCUUUAUCGACAGCGACGAGGAUCUGCCAUCGGAUAUGGAGCUGGGUGGGGUGGAGGUGCCAGACGACAAGACGUCGGAGCGCAAGAAGCGGCGCAAGCUCAAGCACCUGCCGACCUUUGCCUCGGCGGAGGACUAUGCGGCGCUGCUGGAUGCAGAGGACGAUGGCAUCGUCCGUUCUCUCCGACGAGGCGUCGACCUCGUCGCCUCGCGAGCUGCCUCACUGCAGUCUCCCCGCAGCGCUUCUAUCAGCUCCACAUUGCUCCGGCGGGAGCUCUCCUCUGCGUCGGGCUCUGUGCGACCAAUUGUCCCUCGCGUGCCCGCCGCCAGAAACUCUCUGGUGUAUGCUGCAGCUCCUACGCGCUCUGCUCAAACCGUCCGAUAUGCAUCUAACUCCAGCGAGCCGCUGCGCAAGACGCAACUGUAUGACCUGCACGUGGCACACGGAGCUAAGAUGGUGCCUUUUGCCGGAUUCGACAUGCCGCUGCAGUAUGCAGAUCUGAGCCAUGUCGAAAGCCAUAUGUGGACGCGCGAGAAGGCCAGUUUGUUUGAUGUGAGCCACAUGGUCCAGCACCACCUGAGCGGGCCCGGCGCCCUUGACCUGCUGAUGAAAGUGACGCCAUCAUCCCUGGACAAGCUGUCCCCGAACACUUCGACCCUAUCCUGCCUCCUAGAAGAAGGCACUGGCGGCAUCGUCGACGACACGGUGAUCACCCGCCGCGGCGAAGACUCCUUCUACUUCGUCACGAACGCCGGCCGGCGCACCGAGGACCUGGCCUUCCUGCAGACCGCAAUCGACGCCUACCGCGCGGAGCACGGCGCCGACAGUAUCAAAUGGGACAUCCUUGAAGACCGCGCGCUGGUCGCGCUGCAGGGCCCGCUUGCAGCAAGCAUCCUGCAACCACUCAUCUACACGGCGGGCGGUGCCUCAGCGGCCGAGGUUGACCUGAGCACGCUGUACUUUGGCCAAUGCCGUGAACUGCACUUGACGCUGCCCGAUGGCUCUGCCACCGCGCACCCGCUUCUCAUCUCCCGCACGGGCUACACGGGCGAAGACGGCUUCGAGAUCUCCAUCCCGAGCUCUGGUGCUCCCUCCUCUCCCGCAGCAGGUCACGGAGCUCCUCCUCCAGGACAAGGACCACGCAUGUGUCUGUACGGCCACGACAUCUCCACCGCCCAGACUCCGCCCGCCGCGGCCCUGGGCUGGGUCGUCGGUCGUGACCGUCGUGACGCCGCGACAGCCGGCUUCAACGGCGCCUCGGUGAUUCUGCCCCAAAUUGCCAGCCCCAAGUCUCUCGCCCAGCGUCGUGUCGGUCUGAUCAUUGAAAAGGGCCCCCCUGCUCGUGAAGGCGCCGUCGUUGUUGACCUUGCUGACCCGUCAAACCCGGUCGAGGUCGGCGUCGUCACCUCUGGCCUGCCUAGUCCCUCGCUCGGUGGUGCUAAUAUCGCCAUGGCAUACGUUAAGAACGGACUGCACAAGAAGGGCACGGAGCUCGGCAUAAAGGUGCGGAAUAAGGUGCGCAAGGCUAGUGUUACGAGCAUGCCCUGGGUGGAAAGCAAGUUCCAUCGCCCUCAGUAG